AUGGACCUACAGAUCACUCAGUGGUUGCAUGAAGACCAAUCAGAAGAUGAAGAGGCAUGUGAAGUCGCUGUUCCUGACCUUGAAAAUGAUGUUGAAGAAGACGGAAUUAUUGAAGACUUUCGAGCAGAACAUCCAGAUGGUGAUACAGAAAAUUCUUCAUCGGUAGAUGACACUCCUCUGAGUAAUUACAGUUCAGGAGAACUUACGCUUAUGUCUUACUGCCCCCCAAAAUCCAAACAAAAAAAAUUUGUCCCCAUGUUGUCAACUAUGCAUGCAACAGCAGAUCCUGAUGCAACGAUUCAAGUACCAGAGAUGAUAGAGUUUUAUAAUAAGACUAAAUGCGGAGUCGAUUUGAUGGAUCAGCUAUGCCACAAGUACAGCGUAUCUAGGAGAUCAAAAAAGGUGGCCAAUGGCAAUUUUUUUGGCCUUCUGAAUCUAGUAGGUGUUAAUUCGUAUGUCCUGCUAAAAAUGGCCACAAAAAGAGUUACAAAAAGACGUCAUUUCUUGAAAAAACUUGCCAUAGAUCUGAUCACCCCUCAAAUGGAAGAACGAUUAACAUGGCCCUCUUUGCCCAUGAAUCUUCAAGUUCUCUUAGGUGGAAUCUUGCAAAAGAAGCGGCCAUUGCAAGAACCAAGUUCUGAUCCCACUGCUAAAAAAAGAUGUGCAAUGUGCCCAAGGGGUAAGGAUCGAAAAACCGAGGUCACCUGUGACAUGUACCAAAAACCUCUUUGCGGUGAACAUACUGAGGCCAUGUGCCAAGAAUGUGUUACCAAAAAUCAUUAA